ACGGGCGGCGAUGAGCGGUCGCUGGUUCGCAGGGGCAGACACCUUAGCUGUCACAGCUGUUCGUGAAGUGCGCACACGGCAGCACCGUAUACGUGUGCGCACUGAUACACACAGCGACGACACGAUGGCCGCUCCAGGCGCGAGAGGCAACGCCGCCGCCACGGAAUCUAGGCUGCGCAUCGACUUUUAUUCGCGGACGAAAUGAUUUCCUUUUAGCCCGGUUUCAGGCGGUGGCGACUCGCCCGCUAGCGCGGAGCUAGCGCGCGCACACCGCGAAGUUGCAGCUAGCACGGAGGAGAUGGCCGCGCAGUGGAGCAAGCUCCCAAGCUCCCCUACCCCGAGCGCCACCAAUGGACCUGGUCCGGCAUGUGGACGGCGCCAUCUCAUUGGAUGACGAGAGUUCGCUUCUCCCGUCGUAUGUGUCGGAACGCCGCGAGUCCAGGCUUGUCCCGCUUCGGAAACGGGUUGUUUGGUGCAAAAUAACCUCUUCCGACGUCGAAAAGUGCCGCCCGAACACUGUGAGACCAACGAGGAUGUGGUACGACGAUUGUGCAGCAUACUCGGCGGGAUUUUCUGCGAAUCCCGCGACUGCUUUGGCUGUUGAGUGAUGAAGCGCGAAGCUGAAUGGAAGCCGUAAGACGACGACAGGGGCCCAUCAAGAUGGACCACGAGGAGGAAGAAGACGUGGACGAUCCACAGCAAGACAGUAGAUCUGGCCACAGCACUGAAAGUGAGGAAGCCACUGACCAGUCCUCGGGCUCUCCCAGCAGCGAAGGAUCUCCUAAGCAUGAUGAUGAAAUGGGUGAAGUCUCCCAGGACAAUACCGAUGACAACACUGACGUUGAUGAUGGGCAUGAGCCACUGAAUGAGAUCCGCGAUGGUGAGUUCCAGUUCCAGGUCCAGAGCUUCCAUAUUGUGACUGUAAAUGCCCGACAAGGGAAGAAGCAGUUCAAGUGUGACGUCUGCACAGGAACCUACCAGCAUGCUUUCAGCCUCAAGAGACACUUUCUCAGGACGCACGUUAACUACAAGUACCUGUCAGAAGCAGACAUCACAAACUGUAAUAUCAAUCUUAAUCUUGUGCGUCAAUUGCGGGAAGAAAGCGACUCCUUGCUGGGCACAGCAUUAGGUGAAUUGAAGUUUUUAGGGCUGUAUCGUUGCCACCUGUGUUCUGCUCUCUUUGAUGUAAGAGAUGAAUUAAAAGCACAUGUGAGCAGCCACGUGGAUGAUAAUGGCCAGAAAGGCUUCAGUUGUGGCCACUGUGAAAUGACAUUCACUCACCGUCAAAACCUUGUUCGUCACCAGUCCGUCCAUUCAGGAGAGAAGCAGUUUUUCUGCAAGCAUUGUGACAAGAGCUUCCCGAAUCCAGCGAACCGACGGCGCCAUGAAAAGAUUCAUGAGAGCUCGGACUUGCCUUUUCCUUGUUCAUUUUGUGCAGCUUCAUUUGACCAUGGUGUGCACCUUCAGAAGCAUCUCAGGAAGCACCACCCUGAGCAUUACUACCCAUGUGAGUUCUGUUCCAAGUUUUUUCUAGAGGAAGGGCAGUUAAAGAAACACAGGGCCACACAUCGAGCUCCCAUCGAGGGAUCAAAAGGAUGCAAGCCACCAGAAGCACAUGCUGUCUUCAGGCGAAAGCGUGUAAAAGGCUGUGAGCCUGAAAACAAGUAUCUCUGCAGCAUCUGUAAGCGUAGGUUCACCACAUUUAUAAGUUUACGCCAGCAUAAGAUAUCUGCCCAUGCAGCAGUGCAGCAAGAGAAACGGACGCGUUCCCUGCAGCCACGGAAAGAGCCAAUAUCUGUCCGAUCUCGGUCAGCGAAGCCAGCUGUAAAGGAACUGUCUGAGGAAGAAUUCUACAUGACAAUUGCUCAUCGCAUCUCUGAAAACCUGCUCUACCACCUGGAUGGGAAAUCUACACAGCUCAACAUAAAGCACGACCCAUGUGCCUUUCCAGAAGAGAAGAGUGAGAAGGCGACUGUUCAGUACAGCAUUCAUAACUUUCCGGCUGCUUUUGAUAUCACCCAAAUGAUGCAGAUUUACUCGAACCGUGUUCCAUCUAGCAACCAUGGAAUGUCUAAUGAUGGCUCAGACAACAGUGAAGAAACAGAGAGUAUCUUCCUGGGAGGUUCGCAGCAGGACCACAGCUGGCCUCAAAAGAGCAAUGGCGUUGCUAAUUUUAGGUCGCAGAAGGCUGGAGAGAAUGUGAUAGGACGCAACAUCCCUGUGACCUUUAUAUGCUCAGUGUGCGCAUCAAAAUUUAGUUCGAGGAAAGCCAUUGAUGAACAUAAGAUCAACAAUCACCCAAAUGUUGUUUGUACUCAUGUGGAAGUAGAAGGAGAAAACGAAGUGCCCCCUGAAUUGUGCUGGACAUUCACAAGUCCUGUCGGGUUCCUCCAGAGCAACACAGCCACAAUGAGAGCUGACCCAGCGCCAGCACAGGAGAACCUUGUCUGCACCAAGUGCAGCUCGAGCUUCACUUCUCGUGUUGACCUCCACCAGCACAUCCUGGACUGUGGUACCAACUCAGGCUUUCAGAAGCAGCUAACUAGGGGUUACAGUGUGCAUAGCCGCCUUGGAUGCUCUGUGAGGCAGCUUAGCGUGACUAGCAGAGAAGUCCAAGCAAAAGGAAAGAAGAGGCCACACAUUUCUGAGAGUCCCUUUGCAGAGGCUAAACGUGCUAAAGCAGGGGUCUGCUCACCUCAGUGUGAUGAGCAGGCCCUGGAUUUGAAGAUGCAUUCUGGAAACACUCCUGCCCAAUCUGUCCCAGACAUGGUUGUUGGAGAUGACAAAUCUUCUGUUGAAAAGCAGGAAGAUGCGGUUAACCAAGUUGAAAGUACAGGGCACACAGAAAACACAGAUGAUGAUGUUUCUGUUUCACAAUAUGCAGGAGGUGAACAUGAAACAAUUGUACUUGGCACUGCUGUUGAAAGUGCAGAUACUGAAAAAGUGGAAGAAUCGGACACAAGUGCUGUACAGUUGGACACAGCUGUUGUGCAUGACUCUGAUAAUAUGCAACAAUCUAGUCCUGAAGAAUUAGUUGUCAGUGCAACCAGCAACCACACACAUGAGGCUGCACUAGUCGUGGAAAAGACGAAUGACAUGCCUCCAAUUGUACCUGAAUCAUCUAUUAAAGAUGAUGUCUUGCCACAGCUUCGAGAAGACUCAUGUGAAGAAGUCAAAGCUGAAAGUGAUCAAUUUGAGUUUGCAGACAUUGAGCAGGCACCAUCUCCCAUAUUUGGUGAGGGUAGAAGAGUCCUGAGAAGCAAGACUGCAGCAGCCAGUAAUGCCACUGGUGGUGCUUCUUCUACUCUUGUAAACUCUCACACAUGCAGCACCUGCAAGCGAAGCUUUACAUAUCUGGCCAGCUUGAAAAAACACCUCAGAGAUAUUUGUCCCAACAAAAAAGUGGCUGGACAAAAGGUUGUAAAGCGGCGAAAGGCUGCGAAGAUCUCUAGAAAGGAAAGCACUUCAAGUGAAAUUCAAACAUGCACAGAACCUGUGCAGGAUGACACAGACAUGAAAAAGGAAAGCACUGAAACUGCCAGUUCUGGCUUGUUAAGUUCAGUGACCUUUCCUGAAGAAGCAGAUACAAGUGGUCUUGAACUUCUUGCCAAUGCUUCCAUAGAGCGGGCAGCCCCCAGCUGCCCCAGUGGGACAUCUUGGUCUCCUAGCAGCUGUCCUGUAAAUGCACCACCCAGCACUCUGCACACAAAAGAACCUCAAAAUAAAGUGCUGGCUGCACCACCACGCAGGCUUAGAGGAAAAGAACGUUUGGAUGAUGCCACCUCUGAGGCAUGUGACGUUGACCACAAGCCAGAUAUCAGACCCCACUCACAGGAGCACACCUGCCCCUACUGCCUUCACUCAUUUGCCUACCUCUCUAACUACAGAAAGCACCUCCGUGAAGUGUGCCUUUUAAAGAAGAAGGCCAAGCAGAAUGGAGACGGCAAUGAGUCCAUGUUCAGCGCGAAGACAGCUGGCUCAGAUGAGUCUCGUUCUCUUGUGGACAGAGCUGAUGGUCCUUCUACUAUUACCAUGUCCUUCAAGGGACGCAUUGAAAAUUCAGUCAUCAAUCUGCUUAGGAACCAGUCAAAGCAGGUAGAACUGAUUGGGGCCCAGGCAGCUGCAGUUAAGGAUCAACCCGGUGGGGCCAAUCAUUCCUCGCCUAACUUCAUGACUUUCUCAUGCCCGGUGUGCCACAAGAUCUUCCUCUCGUAUGUCAAGAUGCUGCAGCACCGCCUUUCUCACAAGCUUCAGACAGAUGAGCCAUCAGUAAAGGAGGAGAAGGCGGAUGUUCCUGAUGUACCGGAUUCCCACGAUGUAGAAAUGCCUUCAGCUGAUGAUGCAGGACAGGGUUUAGAUAAUAUACGACGGAGUGAUCGCAUCCAUUCUUCUACAUCUACUUCAGUUGUGAAAACAGAUGAAGAUCAGCGCUUCGAUGAAAUUCUUGUAGGUGUACGAGGCGGUGAAGGUGUUGAGAACGAUGCCCUUGAGGAGGAGCUGAAGAGAGAAGAGCACAACUAUGCUGUUUCUCUGGCUGAGCUGGACAGUCUUCCUGAUGAAGAUGAUGGUGAGGAUGCAGCUGAAGGGGAGGAAACCAAGGAAUCCCCUAGCCCUGUUGAAGUGGCACCUUCAGAAGCGAACACUGAAACCAAGCCAACAGUUACAGUCAAGAAAACUGGUACUGGAAAGAAGAGCCCAGCAAUUGAGCAUGGGAGCAGGCCAUCUGCUAAGGAGAAGGUGCGGCGCGGAAUGCGCAGACUCUCUGGCAGGGCAUCUAAGACUACAUCCCGGGACAAGUGCAGUGAGAAAAAGCCACCUGAGAACAAGCAGCUUAACGAAACACACACGACAGCCCUUGAGCGCCUUCCCAACGCUUCCAGCAUGGAACAAGCAGCUCCUAGUGGAGCGGCUAGUAGUGGUACCGCAGAUCAGCCACUGUACAAUGUGCAGCCAAAAGAGUUAGAAAGUAAGAAUCUGGCUGCAGCACGUGGCAAGGCCAAACGAGCAGAACCAUCAUAUAUCCCUGGGCGCAGUGGUCACCAUACGCAUGAGAUCAAACGCAAUGCACAGGAGCACACCUGCCCAUAUUGCCUUCACCCGUUUGUCCACCUCUCCAACUACCGAAAGCACAUUCGCGAAGCAUGCCUUUUGAAGAAAAAGAAGAAUAAGCGAAAUGAAGACGGCAAUGAAGCCGUGAUUAGACAAAGGACAACUGGCGCAGAUGAUUCUCAUUCUCUUGAGAGAGCAGAUUGCCCUGCCGCUACAAACAUGUCCCUUAAAGAGCCAGUUGAGAAUUCAGUCAUCAACAUGCUUAGAAACCAGUCAAAGCAAGUGGAACUGAUUGGAGCUCAGGCAGCUGCAGUCAAGGAUCAACCUUGUGGGGCGAACCAGUCUCCACCGAAUUUCAUGACUUUCUCAUGCACGGUGUGCCACAAGAUCUUUCUUUCGUAUGUCAAGAUGUUGCAACACCGCCUUUCCCACAAGCUCCAGACAGAUGAGCUAUCAGAGAAGGAAGAGAAGACGGAGGGGACCGAUGCAGUAGCUGAUGUAGAGAUGUCUUCAGUGGCUGUAGCAAGACAUAGUCUUGGUAGUGGGGGACAAGUUGGUCAGGGUGCUACAGCUGUUCUUGUGGUAAAGACAGGUGAAAAGUGCUUCAAUGAUAUCGUCAGUGCACGAGGCACUGAAGGUGUGGAGAGCUCUGUUGUGCAGGGGAAAUUCGAGAGAGAAGAUCCCAACUGUGUUGUGUCUCUGGCUGAGCUAAACAGUCUUCCUGAUGAAGAUGAUGGUGAGGAUGAAGGGGAGAAGAAAGAGGAUUCUUUGAGCCUUUCUGAAACGGGGCUCUCAGAAACCACCACUAAAAAGGCAGCUCGUGCAACCAGAAAGAGUAGUGCAGGCAAGAAGAGGCCACAAAGUGAGCAUGCAUCAUCCAAAGACAAGGUGCAGCGUAAAAUUUCUGGCAAAGUAUUGAAGACCACUUCCCGGCGCCAGCAUUAAUGAUGUUGAAGGGAAGUGGCUCAUGUUUUGUUGUGUACAUUUUUAAGAUUGAUAAUUUAUGGCUGUGUUUAGUAUGGCCAUACACUGAUUGUCACAUGCUUGAGCAAUACCUCCCAACUGCGACACAAUACCUGAUAUUUAGAGUUGGAGAACUUGUGCCAGGAAUACAAUUUGGAUUCUGUUGAACUGAUCAAUGUGUGCCUUGUGUGUUAGAUUAGUACUGUAAAACAGCUGAACCAGUGGUGGGUCUUUCAGCAGGCCUGUGCUGUAGACUUGAUGGGGCAUCUAUGGAAAUGAGAGUUUGUGCUAUAGAGGCCUCUGUACAAAAUGGAAACUCGUUUUUUGUCAAGAAAUGUCAGUAGAUGAAGGCACUUUUAUUUAUGAUGAAUGUUUAGUUUCUCAAUGCUGUUUUCUGCUUAAGUAUAGAAAUUAGUGCAAAUUGUUUGUGGUUUUAGUGUUAGUUGCUUAAAACUUCAGGCAAUAAUAACAGGUGUUGCACAUCAAAGUUGCUUAUUAGAUGAUCUGCCGAAUGAAACAAAUGCACAGGCAACAUUUCAGGUAAACCUUGGAUAUUCCUUUGUCGAACUUGCAUAAGCACUUGGUCGUUGCCUCGCCCACCUGCCUCACCCGUUCUCCCCUUUAGAAGAACCAUACCUAUAGGAGGUAUGCACAUGACGUCAUCCGCUAGGAGCGUUAGCGGCAUUCGCGGAGGCCGCCAUAACUGCGGUCGCAAGUUCGCGCUGCCUAUGCAAGCAGGCCUGCUUCGCCAAGGGGCCCACUGAUACGCACGAACCAUCAAACGACCUUUUCAAUGUGCCUUUCUGACUUGGCUAUAGAGUAGUACGUCUUAGGUCAACGAUGGACCUAAGCACGUAGGUGCGUGGGUUGAGUGAACCAGAAAAACCAGAAAACGUAGUGCGCUCGUGCGACUUUGUCGACCAGCUCUAACUCAAAGAUCAUCAGCUUCGACGUGAUGUCGGUCUACUGCCUCGCGUGGACGUCGCAGACAUCAAGGAUUACACUGCGAAUGCAACAAGCUUCGCGACCCGCGAGCAAUCGAAAUCCUACAAGUCGAUGGAAGGUCACAAUAAUCUGGCGAGCGGCUGGGUGCAGCAGCCACGCGUCAAAGUGCUCGCGUAACAUGAUCGCCUUCAUUACGGAAUUUACACCGCGUUGUCCACUUACGUCGUCAAAGGGUAGCGUUAAAUUUGCUUCAACGAAAAAAAAAAUGACCCCCCUCCCUGCCUCCGAGAACUAAUCACUGAUUUGCACAGCCUUCGUAAUAUUUAUGUUACGUCACUUAUUCUGGUCUUGCCAAAAAAGUCUUUUUUUUUUUGCCCUCCCGGGUUUGUCAAUCACAAUCAUUCGACGAAAAGCCACGCGCACCAUGGCUUCUCGUAAAAUAAAAUGGCGAGGUGCUGGCGGCACACUGCGCCUGCAAGGCAGGCCUGGCAGAGACGUGCUCGCACAUAGCUGCUGUGCUCUUUUACAUUAAGGUUGUAGUUAAGAAGAGAAAUAACCACGUGUCGAGAAAAACCCAAUCUGGACAACAUAUUCCUAUCAUCGAGUUUCUUUCUUGUGUGACUGCUGCAUCCGAACAUAGCACAGUUCACCGCGACACCGAAGCUCAGUUGACGCACGGCCACGCCGGAGCGUAGUCUGUCCGGAUACGUAAACAUUGUACCUGUUCGUAGACGUAGAACAGCACUGCGCUCGAGACACUGAAACGUCCUGCUUAUACAUCAGUGACUGGAGAAGAAAACAAGGCGAACGGCGGGCCAAAAGAUAGGGAUCAGAUGUUUGCGCGAGUAAGACCGCUGCCAUUUUUUUCGAUGCUCCCCGACCGUCAAUAUGGCGCGGCUGCCCCAGCGACACUGUCGCCGCCUCGCGGGUCGAGCUCAGUGCAUACCUCCUAUAUAUGUACUGUGCUGUGGAAAGCAUACGACACCUUGAAACAGACGAGUCCACUUGUCGAAAUGUUGGCUCUCGCUUUUACCUUGUUCUCGUUUUGCUCAUUGUUUUGAAUUUCCAUCUCCCGCCUUCCCUAUGUUUUUCCCUGUAUAAGCACUGGAAGUAGCACAAACAACAGGGAACAUUACUGACAUUGAAAGGGUACUGAGAUAUUUUGAAGUUGUAGAAAGCACCACACACUUAAGCAAUAAGGCUAGACAUGGUGUCAUAACUAAAGGAGAAGUAAGCAAGAGUGCUGCAUUUCUUGUAACUGCAUUUGUGUGUGGGAAUUGUAGCGAUUGCAAACAUGGAGUGAGGCAACAUAUCAUAUCAUUAUGCAUCCAUCUCUAGAGUACCAAAACCUAAAGUGAUUCAUAGGAAUAAGUAUUAUAGUAAAUGAUACGGAGUGCUCUGAUGCUUACUAGCAUUCUUUCUGGGUUUUAAGGAGUUUGGCUUUUUAGUUAAUGCAAAAAUAUGACAAGCUGAGAAUUUCAUGUCAAUACUCCUUUAAAAUGUGAUGUGUUAGUGGUUUAAAAAAAAAGUCUAAAUUGUAUGAUAGGCCUUGCCUGGCUUUGACCUGUGCAAAUAGAGCACAGUUAGCAAGGUUAUCACAUGUCCUGUGAACUGUACUGGCGGGGCAGUGAAGCAGCUUCCUCAUACUUGUGAUGCACACUGUGCGCAUAAUGCACAAAUCAUUCUUUUGUUGAACCUUGGGUCCUUGCAGAAGAGCUUGCAGUUCAUUUUCCUUGUGCUUUAUUUUUUAUCUAUAAAUGCAACGCUUAUGAUCAUGGAAAAAAAAGAAUAUAUGGCCAUCUUUCUGAUUGCUUAUGUUCCUGGGAGGAGUACACAGAAAAUAAGCUAGUCUAACUUGGCACUAUGAGGUAGCUGUAGAAUGUUCGAGUGCUCUGUUUUAUAAGUAAAAGUACAUGAAACUGUUUCACACUUACUAUCUUGACGCAGUGUCAAGGCAGUGCGCCAGUUCCUCUUCAAUUCAUUCACGGUGAAAACUGAAGCGUCAGUGGUGUGUGUGUGUCCUCUUGCAUCAACUUUGUUGCAUUUACUUGCCUCCAAUAUGAGGAGAGGUUGGUCAUUUGGAAGAGCUAGAAACACAUGGCUGGUUGAGGACAGGUGGUAGCUGCAUUCUCUUGUUGGUUGUACGAUAAACAAAGAAAGUGCACUGAUAACUUCCUUUUAUUGAUUUAUGUGUUCUGCAUUUGGAACGCUAGAGGGGCUUGCACAAUGCCAGGAAAGUUUUCCUUUUCAUGGUUUAUGUGGUCUGAUGACUCGGAGGUUCUCGCUGCAGUCUUAAAUCUAGGUUUUGUACUUUGCAUCUUCUGCUUCAAUCUGUGCUUUGUGUGGAGGAGCCAUUGUCAGUGUCUGCUGAAGGUAUUUACCUUGCAAACACAAAGAGUACAAACAGGCACACUGCAAGGCUUGUGUGUGGCACUGCAUGGCAAAGCUGGCAUGAUACAGCUGUAGCCAUCUACCAGUCUUGUCUAAAGACUGGAACAAUCUGUAGUGGGGAUUCCUCAGCAUGAGAUGUGCCAUCCUAUAAGUGCGGCCUUGGUGCCAGGAAUACUGUUUUGCUAUGUGCAAGAAAAAUAAGGGGAUCUCAAGGGCUCAAUUUUUGUUAGUUACAACAAAAGCAUGUUCCACAUCUGCUGCCAUGGCCGUCAGAGGUGCUGGCUAGCACGUCUAAUCUUGUACACAAGCACAGAUACCCUAGAAAGUGUCCAGGAUGAUGGCCAUUGCAGUAACUUAAUUGGUAAAGCCCUGCACACAUCUUGCAGGAAAUGUGGGCUUGGCUGCAACCAGCGGCAAUUUAUCUUUUUGCCCACUUUCAUUUCCAUUUGCCUCAUUAUUUCUAUGUUUCAACUAAACAUGACAAUUAGUUUCUCCUACGCUUUCUCUGGCUUUAUUGCCCGUUUUCUUCGUAUGAAUUGCUGUGUAGUUUCACGUGAUACAUUCGAAAUGGCUGGCAUAACUGUGGUGGCAUGUUCAGCUGGCAUCCAGUGGACCCGAAAUCGAACAACGAGUUUGUGCGGGAUUUUUUUUCAGCUUGUGGCUCGUUUCAAUCAUAACCAUCAUUUUGCAGCAUUAUUCCAAGGCAGGAAAAAACUCGUAACAACUGUUGCUGUAAAUAGUUUUAAGCUUGCCAAAUUAGAGCAUCUGGCAAAGGCAGACUUCUGACCGUUGUGUAGAGAAAAACGUCAUUCGAUGUGAUACAUUAAAGGUGUCCUGAACCACUUUUUAUCGAAGUGGAGAAAGACAUUUGAAGUGAAGAUAGGCUAUUUCGGAACCACUUUGCCACAAAAAGUACUUGAAUGCGUUCAGCAGAAGCAGAGUUAUAGGCAAUCAAACACGGCCUCACCGGUGUUCCCCUUCCUUCUCCAUUGCCUUGCACUGCGAAGGCUACGGCAGAGACGUCACCAGGGUGCGCAAUUCAAAUUUCCAAUUUGGUGUCUAUACCACGCUAAAUGUAAGCCAAACACGGCUGCCCUCAGAGAGCCGCAGUGUGCUUAGCCACUGGACUCAUGGCGGCACCUCGCAGCGGCCGCACUGUAGCCGAGCGCAGCGACCAAUAGCAGCCACGUAUUGGAGUGUGCUUUUUGAUGAAAUAGAGCACACAGAAAAGAGCGAGGAGCGUGGGGUUUUUGAAACAAGAGCGUUUGAGAAAAAGGUGACUUCGUGCUCUGCUUGCGAGCUCCACAGACCACAUACGACAGCAGAACAUGGCUGAGAUGUUCACAACAGCGUAUGCUACCCGCAGACUGUGUUAUUUCACCAAGCCCAAGGGGUGGAUCAGGGUCCCUUUAAUAUUGUUACGAAUGUAUAAUCGAUUUAUUUACUGUGAAAAGGGUAGAGAAGACAUGGGAUGGUCCAAAACAGCCGAUCACUCCAAAAACCUUGCACCACAUCUUCUUUCUCUUCCACGCUCCUCCGGUGCGGUGUUACAUUUUCUCCGGGGCAGACGAAGCUCACCGAGUGAGUCAGAGUGCACAUUGAUGGUGUGGUUUCAAUCGUGCGACGUGUACAACUUGCGUCUUGCAUGAACGGCGGUUAUCAGCCGUCAGUUUAGCGAUGGCAUAGGUCACUUUACUCAAGCAUUUGAGAAUGAUGAAUGGGCCCGAAUACUUGGAGAGAAGCUUUUGGCAAAGUCCCCUUUUCAGAACCGGUGUCCACAAUAUUUUAUAUAUGAUGGAGGCACUGAAUAUAAAUAAUAGAGUACUGUUAACAAGAAAUAUUAAACAUAAAUUGUGCGUGAAACAUAAAUGCUGAAACAGUGCUUGUAUUUAAGAAGCCAGCUGGAAGGACAGAAUACACACCAAGUAUUGAGACUGCCAACCUUGUUAAACGUAUGCUCACCACAGAGCUUGUGUUCAAAUGUACAGACUUGAUUGCAAAGUGCCAAUGGAGCUGAUCAUCUGGGAGUCCCAACCUCUUCCAGCCAUGUGCAAAGUGGUCGCAAGGUGGCUGCAAAGCAGACUAUGCCAAUCCAUGCAGGAUUGGCACAGCUUGCUUUUGAGAGGCGGGAUGUAUGUUGGGAUGAACACAAUUGGCUGCUUGUAACUACUUUCUUUUUGCAAAACAUUUCUUGGCUGUAAACCAUUACAAAUGCAACCAAGUUUGGUGCUGCAAUGACAGUGAACCAUGAGAGACAGAACCUGGGUGGCUGAUGUGUGAAGAAGAGCAGACUCGCCUACACGCUGCACAAUGAGGUUUUUCCAAGAGUAUCAUGUUUAUUAUGAAAGUACAUAUUUGAGGUUGCUGGUAUUGUAUAAUUCACUCUACAGCUUAGAAACCCCAGGACAAACAGCCAGAGAGGGAAGGAAACGUAGCGCUUACUACCAAGUCUUAUUCGGUAAAGUGUGCAAAAUAUGCACAGAAGGCCAUUAUCACCACAAGUGAACUGUCAUGGCAGUAAAUGGCAAUAAACAUUUGCACCAAAGUGAAGCGCUAUCAACUGCCAUUCCUAAGAAAUGGUAAUUCAUUCUCUGAAAAAGCAUUCAAAAGAGUACCAACACAGAUAUCUCCCAAAUGUGCAUUUCUUUUGGCCUUGAUGGUUUCUUGUCUUAGGUGAACCUUGCACCUGCUGAGAAUAUUGCGUUGUUUUAACAAAAACAAACACGCCACAGCACGUAAUGGGCUGACCGUGAGCCUAUGUGCAUAUGCUUGACAUUGUUGUCAUGUUGUCUUAUCACUUAUCUGUCUUAUCAGUCAUAGCGUUUACCACUUUUAAGGGGUAUGAAGUAUACCAUGUUUUCCAUACACUCGAAAUAAUUAUUUUUACCAGCUGAUGUUGCUUAGUGGCUAGGGCAUUGCAUUGUUAAGCUUGAGAUCGCGGGAUCAAAUGCUAUCCACAGCGGUCAAAUUUGAUUGGGGCAAAAUGCAGACACCUGUGUACCGUGCAUUGGGUGCACGUUAAAGAACCCCAGGUGGUCAAAUUAAUCCGGAGUCUCCCACUAUGGCAUGGCUCAUAAUCAAAUUGGGGUCAGACCUCGAAAUUUAAUUUUUUUAACAUAUUUAUUUUUCUUAAAAUUUUCUCAAGUAACACAUCAGCACUAUGUGCAAUCUAUUAUGGCUGUUUGUCCUGUGUGCAGUGGAUUACAUCAUAUUAAGCCUUUUCUGGCAUUUGAAAAAUUGCCCAUCACUUUACGAUUGGUUGGGAAAGAUUGUUACUCUUGUAUACAUUUAUACUUAUUUUGUGACAUGUUAACCUAAUUGUGUAUUGACUACUCGUAACACUUUAAUGGAAGGAUUCUUGACAUGUACGUUUACUGGAUGCAUGGUGUAAUCAUACUGCCCUUGCUUACUCAAGUUUGGUUGGUUACAAGAAAUUGUUGAUGGCAUAAAAGACCUUGUAUUAGUGUCUUGUCAUUCACUGAUGGUAUUGCGUGUCUUUAGUAGAAGUCUCACAUUUCUCAGAGUUUUAUCAUACAUAUAUAUACUUUUGCACCCAUCAUAUUUCUAAAUAUGCAUUGGAAAAACUCCAUCAUUUCACUGUACACCAAGAAAAAGAAAUAUGCAUCUUUGCCAUUUAGGAUGUUUGGCUAAUAAGGAGAGUGCUUUCUGAUGUUUAAUAAACGCAUUUUUCUCUCCGA